GGGCGUCGCGCGCCUGGCGCCCGCGGAGGGGCGGGUCUUCGCGCGACUGGGCUGGCGUUGGCGCAGGUGGCGGGCCAGCGGUGGUCCACCGCUACCUCCUGGGCCUUUUUCGGGUGCGGAUGGAGUCGUCCCGCAGCCGCUAGAAGAAGGGUCGCAGUUGUGAACCAGGGAGAACCCCGGACAUCAGCACCUGCUGCCGGAAAAUGUAGCCUCCAUAAAAAUCAGCUGUCAGAGACUUAUAUGUUUUUUUGAAGAGUAUUCACUUAGAAGAAGGCAAAAACCUCACCAACUCAGAAUUUUCAUACUUGAUUUGUCUAUAUGAUGAACCACUCAACCUUCCAAGUUGUCCUGCUUGUACUGAGACCACCUUUCUCUGCUUCUGGAAUCCAUGGCGCAUAAUGAUUGCUUCAGUUUGGACUACCAUGGCAACCCCCACCCAGGGGACUUGAUUGAAGUGUUCCGUCCUGGCUAUCAGCAUUGGGCGCUGUACUUGGGUGAUGGUUAUGUUAUCAACAUAGCGCCUGUAGAUGGCAUUCCUUCAUCAUUUACAAGUGCCAAGUCUGUAUUCAGCACAAAGGCCCUAGUGAAGAUGCAGCUCUUGAAGGAUGUGGUGGGAAAUGACAAAUAUCGGAUAAACAAUAAAUACGAUGAAACGUACUCCCCUCUCCCUGUGGAUGAAGUCAUGCAGCGGUCAGAGUUUGUUAUUGGACAGGAGGUGGCAUAUGACUUACUAGUAAACAACUGUGAGCAUUUUGUGACUUUGCUUCGCUAUGGAGAAGGAGUUUCAGAGCAGGCCAACCGAGCAGUAAGUACCAUUGGAUUGGUGACAGCUGUUGUUGGUGCCUUCUCAUUCCUGGGCUUAUUUCCAAAAAGACAAAAAGCAAAAUACUAUUAACAAUUUAUUGAAGAGAUAUUGGAACUGAAGGAAUUUGUGAAGAGGACAAUAAAAAAACCUGGAAUGCAUACUUAUUUUCAACUCAUCAUUAUUGUUUCAAAUUCUGAUGAUGGAUAGCAGGCUCUUUAAUAAAUUGCUUACUGAUAAUAUCUUAUCAUUGAGCCAAGGAAA